GCCUUGAAAGAGUCUUUCAAUAUCUUUUCCUGUGAGAGCUCUCUCUGCGUAAGUUUUCCUUUUGAUUCCCCCAUAUCCUCAUAGUGUCGACAUGGGUUGCCAAAAUGAUGCUCUGGUGCAAAAAGUCUUCGAGUUGUAUGAACAAAUCGCGAGCCUUGAGAGUCUCAAACCCUGCAAAGAUGUCAACACUUUGUUCACACAACUAGUUGUCACAUGCAUGCCACCAAACCCUAUUGAUGUCACCAAACUUUGCAAAAGGGUUCAAGAAAUGAGGUCUAAACUUAUCAGACUUUGUGGAGAAGGUGAGGGGCUUUUAGAGAGUCAUUUCUCAACAAUCUUAGGAUCCUUUGAAAAACCUCUUCAACAUCUCAAUCUUUUCCCUUAUUAUUCAAACUAUCUCAAACUUAGCCACCUUGAAUUCUCCAUUCUGUCCCAACACUCCUCCCAUGUCCCCAACAAAGUUGCCUUUGUUGGCUCUGGUCCACUGCCCUUGACUUCUAUUGUUUUAGCCUCUAACCAUCUUACAAAAACCUCUUUUCACAACUUUGAUAUUGACCCUUCAGCCAAUUCCAAAGCUCAUGCCUUAGUUUCACCCCAUCCUGACCUUUCAAACCGAAUGUUCUUUCACACAACUGAUAUUAUAAACGUUUCAACUGCGUUGAAAGAGUUUGAAGUUGUUUUCUUGGCGGCCCUAGUGGGGAUGGACAAGGAGGAAAAGCUUAAAGUCAUUGAUCAUUUGGGUAAGUUCAUGGCUCCUGGAGCUCUUUUGAUGCUGAGGAGUGCUCAUGGAGCUCGAGCUUUUCUCUAUCCGGUGGUUGAUCCUUGUGAGCUUCGAGAAUUUGAGGUUCUGUCAGUGUUUCAUCCCACUGAUGAGGUUAUCAAUUCAGUGGUGCUUGCGCGUAAAUAUCCAAUAAUGGCUAAAAAUUCAUCACAGCUUGAGCAGCAAGGUGGCCUUAGCAGUCCUAUAAUACUGCCUAGCAAAUGCUCUGAGAUUGAAGCUUUCAAUCCCCUCAACCGUGGAAACAUGAUUGACGAAUUGACCGUUGAGGAGCAACUCUCAUGAGCUUUUCAUGCAGUUUGUUGGGACCCUUUCAUUUUCUGAUAAAUUUGUGUUCAUGUUAUGCAUGUCUAACACCUAAGUACGCUACCAUUUUGUGUUUUUGCUUCUUAAUUAUGUUCCAAUAAACAUUAAUACUACUAGCUAUGUUUCAAGAAUAAAA